AUGCUUGAAGUACUAUUUAAGAUUUGGUUUCAUAUAUUCACUAAUUAUUGUUUAUUAUGUCAGUCAACAUCGAUUCUAUAUCGAACAAAUUCUCGUGAUAAGAAUCUUAACUUAAAAAGAAGUUUAUAUAUAUUAAAUCAUGAUGAUAAUCUUACAACUGAUGUUAUCACUAAACAAAAUACGAUAAAUAAAUUAUUUACAAAAAUAAUUAUUAUACUUUUAAUAUUCACUGGUUUUGCUAUAUUAAUAACAAUUAUUAUUGGCUUAAUUUUUCUUUAUAUUAAUUGUAGUCGUCCAUCAAGAAUACACAAACAAAUUCGUAUAGAAUAUCUCGAUUCUAAUGAGAUAAAUAAUUAUUCAGAUAAUACAUUGACAUCAUCAAAAUCAGAACAAUCUAGUUUUCAAGAUAUUUGA